AUGGAAGGAGGCGGCAAACGCAACUCCUCGUCCAACAGCCGGGACGAUGGCAACAGCGUCUUCCCCGCCAAGGCGCCCGCGACGGGCGCGGGGUCGGCCGCGGCCGACAAGCGCCUGGGCACCCCGCCGGGGGGCGGCGGGGCCGGCGCGAAGGAGCACGGCAACUCGGUGUGCUUCAAGGUGGACGGCGGCGGCGGCGGCGAGGAGUCGGCCGGGGGCUUCGAGGACGCCGAGGGCCCCCGGCGGCAGUACGGCUUCAUGCAGAGGCAGUUCACCUCCAUGCUGCAGCCCGGGGUCAACAAAUUCUCCCUCCGCAUGUUUGGGAGCCAGAAGGCGGUGGAAAAGGAGCAGGAAAGGGUUAAAACUGCAGGCUUCUGGAUUAUCCACCCUUACAGCGAUUUCAGGUUUUAUUGGGAUUUAAUAAUGCUUAUAAUGAUGGUUGGAAAUCUGGUCAUCAUACCAGUUGGAAUCACAUUCUUUACAGAACAAACAACAACACCAUGGAUUAUUUUCAAUGUGGCAUCAGAUACAGUUUUCCUUUUGGACCUGAUAAUGAAUUUUAGGACUGGCACUGUCAAUGAAGACAGUUCUGAAAUCAUCCUGGACCCUAAAGUGAUCAAGAUGAAUUAUUUAAAAAGCUGGUUUGUGGUUGACUUCAUCUCAUCAAUCCCAGUGGAUUAUAUCUUUCUCAUUGUAGAAAAAGGAAUGGAUUCAGAAGUUUACAAGACAGCCAGGGCACUUCGCAUUGUGAGGUUUACAAAAAUUCUCAGUCUCUUGCGUUUGUUGCGACUUUCAAGGUUAAUUAGAUACAUACAUCAGUGGGAAGAGAUUUUCCACAUGACAUAUGACCUUGCCAGCGCGGUGGUGAGAAUUUUUAACCUCAUCGGCAUGAUGUUGCUCCUGUGCCACUGGGAUGGCUGUCUUCAGUUCUUAGUCCCACUACUACAGGACUUCCCACCGGACUGCUGGGUGUCUCUGAAUGAAAUGGUUAAUGAUUCAUGGGGAAAGCAGUAUUCAUAUGCACUCUUCAAAGCUAUGAGUCACAUGCUGUGCAUUGGGUAUGGAGCCCAGGCCCCAGUCAGCAUGUCUGACCUCUGGAUUACCAUGCUGAGCAUGAUCGUUGGGGCCACCUGCUAUGCCAUGUUUGUCGGCCAUGCCACGGCUUUAAUCCAGUCUUUGGAUUCUUCAAGGCGCCAAUAUCAAGAGAAGUAUAAGCAAGUGGAACAAUACAUGUCCUUCCAUAAGUUACCAGCUGAUAUGCGUCAGAAGAUACACGAUUACUAUGAACACAGAUACCAAGGCAAAAUCUUUGAUGAGGAAAACAUUCUCAAUGAACUCAACGAUCCUCUGAGAGAGGAGAUAGUCAACUUCAACUGUCGGAAACUAGUGGCCACAAUGCCACUGUUUGCUAAUGCGGACCCCAAUUUUGUGACUGCCAUGCUGAGCAAGUUGAGAUUUGAGGUGUUUCAACCUGGAGAUUAUAUCAUACGAGAAGGAGCUGUGGGUAAAAAGAUGUAUUUCAUUCAACAUGGCGUUGCUGGUGUCAUCACAAAAUCCAGUAAAGAAAUGAAGCUGACAGAUGGCUCCUACUUUGGAGAGAUUUGCUUGCUUACCAAGGGACGCCGCACUGCCAGUGUUCGAGCUGAUACAUAUUGUCGUCUUUAUUCACUAUCCGUGGACAAUUUCAAUGAGGUCCUGGAGGAAUAUCCAAUGAUGCGGAGAGCCUUUGAGACGGUUGCCAUUGACCGACUAGAUCGGAUAGGAAAGAAAAAUUCAAUCCUUCUGCAAAAGUUCCAGAAGGAUCUGAACACCGGCGUCUUCAACAAUCAGGAGAACGAGAUCCUGAAGCAGAUCGUGAAACACGACCGGGAGAUGGUGCAGGCAAUCGCUCCCAUCAGUUAUCCCCAAAUGACAGCCCUGAAUGCCACCUCUUCCACCACGACUCCGACCUCCCGCAUGAGGACACAGUCUCCGCCGGUGUACACAGCGACCAGCCUGUCCCACAGCAACCUGCAUUCCCCCAGCCCCAGCACACAGACCCCCCAGCCGUCAGCCAUCCUGUCACCCUGCUCCUACACCACUGCGGUCUGCAGCCCGCCGGUACAGAGCCCGCUGGCCACUCGAACUUUCCACUACGCGUCGCCCACUGCCUCCCAGCUGUCGCUCACGCAGCAGCAGCAGCAGAUCCAGCAGCCCCAGCCCCCGCAGCCCCCGCAGCAGCCCCCGCAGCCCCAGACGCCCGGCAGCUCCACGCCCAAGAACGACGUGCACAGGAGCACCCAGGCCCUCCACAACACCAGCCUGAGCCGAGAGGUCAGGCCCCUGUCGGCCUCGCAGCCCUCGCUGCCCCAUGAGGUUUCCACUCUCAUUUCCAGACCUCAUCCCACUGUGGGCGAGUCCCUGGCCUCCAUCCCUCAGCCCGUGACGGCUGUUCACGGCCCGAGCCUUCAGGCAGGGGCCCGGGGCACUGUCCCCCAGCGAGUCACCCUGUUCCGACAGAUGUCGUCGGGAGCCAUUCCCCCCAACCGAGGAGCCCCUCCCGCACCCCCUCCACCAGCAGCUGCUCUUCCGAGAGAGGCUUCCUCAGUCUUAACUACAGACCCAGAGGCAGAAAAGCCACGAUUUGCUUCAAAUUUAUGAUCCCUGCUGAUUGUCAAAGCAGAAAGAAAGACUCUGAUAAACUGAGAAUGUUCUCAGAAAUUAUUUUCUUCUAUCUCCUGAUAGAUUCCUAUAGCCUACUAUGAAGAGAUAUUUUAGACAGCUCUGGCCUACAUGCAAAAUGUAAAAUAUAUAAAUAUAUAUCUACUAUUCAAUAUCUAUCUAAAUUCCCAAGAGAGGUUCAAAA